AUGAUGUUCUCCCUCAAAAGAGCCAUUCAAUUUGCCUCACUGCUUGCCAUUCCAGCAGCAUGUGCUCCUUCUACCCACUCUUCAUAUGUCUCCAGCCUCCCCAAGAACUCCCAAACUCUCUUCACCGAGUCUAUGGAAUGGAUGGAUGGCUUCUAUGACCCCGCAGCUGGCUACCUCUUCGACGAGAGCUCAGCAACAGCUCUUAGGCACGAGACCAGAAGUUCGGCUUGGUAUGCAAUUGGACUUCUGGCACGAAAUACAGGCGAUGAUGUGAAAAACGCUUUGCAAAUCAUCUCCAAUGUCAUUGAUAAGCAGUACAAAGAUCCUAAGGACCAAUGGUAUGGUGAUUAUCAAAAGGAACCAGAAGAGCCUACUGUUGGAACUGCAGCGUAUCCAGAAAAGAUCUACAACAGUUGGGACCCCAACUGGCGUGGCUUCAUUGGCACCUGCUUCAUCGUCGGCUUAGAAGAAUUCGGUCACCUGAUCACUCCUGAAGUGACCGCUCUCAUGGAGAAAUCCCUCUUCAACGCUACGAAGGGCGACGAAUAUCGAGUUGGUGGUGUGGACACUGAUAACCUGUAUCCUGCUUAUACGAACCCUUCACUCAUGCGAGCUUUUGUCUCUGGCUGGACUGGCCGCCGUCUUAAUGACAGUAACAUGACGACCUCUGGUGAAAACUACGCAACUGCCGUCAUUGACCUGUUCAACCGUGCAAACACGCUUUCCGAGUUCAAUAGUGGGACAUACACUGGCGUAUCAUUGUAUGCCUUGACUCUCUGGGCGAAGUAUCUGCCAGAAGAUUCAAUCAUGAAGCAAAAUGGAGCAAAAAUGAUUCAGUACACUUGGGAAGCAGUCGCUGAGUUGUGGCAUCCACAACUGAAGAAUGUUGCAGGGCCUUGGGAUCGAUCUUACGGGUUCGACAUGAACCGAUAUCUCAGCUUGCUUGCACUGCACUUGUGGAACGUCAUUGGAAAGGAAAAGUCAUCCAUCAUCACCAAAGUAACAGCCAUGUCGCACGUGGCCGACUGGGCUUACGGACCCCAAUUUGCCAUCCUCUCAAAAUUCCAUUCAACCCUGAUCCCCGCAGCAGUAGUAAAGAAACUCAACACCUUCCAAGGUGAACACACUUUCAAAUCCUCAGCCUUCUCUCCUCCAUUUGACAUCUACCCACGUAACAUCACCGCUUGGCUAGCACCAAAUAUCAGCAUCGGUGCUGAGGCCUUCAACGAAACGACGAUUGGUGGGCCUGCGAUCAAUCCUGGGACUUUCAACCCAGCCAUUAUUCAAUGGAAUACUGGAGACGAGAUUGGGUAUAUCACUUGGUAUGCCACUGAGCACGCGCUCACAGCAGUCGCGAGCCCGAAGAACCUGAACCUGACCUAUCCCUACGGCACCGCAUCUUCCAUCUUCUCCAUCAUCGUAGCCACAUUCAAAAAGUCUAGAGAUGUCUCAUCUUGGGAUGAUGUUCAAGGCCUCACGGUGAAGGUGUCUGGUAAUGUGAAUAUGACCUACUCGGUUGGAUUUGCUGGGAGUAAUGGAGGAGCGUAUUCGCCCAUUAAUGACUUUGAAUUCUGGAACUUUACAUACACAAUGCCGAAGGACUUUGUGGGAACUCCGAACUUGGUGUUUGAUGUUGAACUGAAGUAG